ACUGCACAGCGUCGCAGCACGAGUGAUGUUUACACUAAUUUUAGCUUUUUUAAGUGCAACAAUAUGUUGUUCUUUGACAGCAGGACCAGCGACAACUUCAACUCCGAACAUCAUAAUCAUGCUCAUGGAUGACAUGGGCUGGGGCGAUCUUGGGGUGUUUGGUCAGCCCUCAAGAGAAACCCCAAACCUUGACUCGAUGGCUGCGGAGGGCAUGUUGUUUCCAAACUUCUACACUGCAAACCCUCUCUGUUCUCCAUCUCGAGCUGCGCUUCUCACUGGAAGGCUGCCUGUGAGGAACGGCUUUUAUACAACAAAUGCCCACGCCAGGAAUUCAUACACACCACAGGAGAUUGUUGGAGGCAUCUCCAAGUAUGAAAUUUUAUUGCCAAAGAUGUUGAAGGAGAAAGGCUAUGUCAGCAAGAUUGUUGGCAAAUGGCAUCUUGGCCACAGACCACAGCACCUCCCUCUGGAACACGGUUUCGAUGAAUGGUUUGGUGCACCAAACUGCCACUUUGGACCCUACAGCAGCAGUGACAGACCCAACAUCCCGGUCUACAACAACUCUGAAAUGGUUGGCAGGUUGUUUGAAGAGUUUGCCAUCAACCGUAAGACUGGGGAGUCAAAUCUCACACAGAUCUACUUAAAAGAAGGCCUCGACUUCAUCGUCAGACAGAAUCAAGCCAAAAAUCCCUUCUUCCUAUACUGGGCCGUCGACGCCACUCAUGCUCCCGUAUAUGCUUCGAAGAACUUUCUGGGGAAGAGCCGGCGAGGAAGAUACGGCGAUGCAGUCAUGGAGUUGGAUGACAGUGUCAGACAGAUUUUAUCGUUACUGAAGAACCUCAGGAUCGAUAACAGCACUUUCGUCUUCUUCACGUCAGACAACGGCGCUGCUCUCACAUCGGGCCCAGAUGAAAGUGGCAGCAACGGACCCUUCCUGUGCGGGAAGCAGACCACCUUUGAAGGGGGGAUGAGGGAGCCGGCCAUAGCCUGGUGGCCUGGACACGUGAAAGGAGGCACGGUGAGUUUCCAGUUGGCCUCAGUGAUGGACCUUUUUACCACCAGUCUGGCCCUGGCUGGCAUCAGACCACCCGAUGAUCGAAUUCUGGAUGGUCUGGACCUGACUUCAACUUUGCUCUAUCCCUCCGACACUUUGCAAGACAGGCCGAUCUUCUUCUACCGUGGAAAUGAGAUGAUGGCGGUGCGACUGGGAGAGUACAAGGCCCACUACUGGACCUGGAGCAACUCGUGGAAACAAUUCAAAACGGGAAUUAACUUCUGCCCAGGUCAGGAGGUGCCCAAUGUGACCACUCAUGUCCAACAGGAGCACACCAAGCAGCCGCUCAUUUUCCAUCUGGGACGCGACCCCGGUGAAAAAUUUCCUCUGAGUGUGUUGUCAGAGGAAUACCUGGAGGCUCUGGAGAGGAUCCGCCCAGUCGUGGAGAGCCAUAAGAGGAUGCUGCUGCCAGGGCUUCCCCAGCUCAACGUGUGCGACAGGGCCGUGAUGAACUGGGCUCCAGCUGGCUGUGAGAAGCUGGGAAAGUGUCUCAAAGCUCCACAAUCUGCUCCCUGGAAGUGCGACUGGCCCCACUGAGAACUGCUGCAGCUUCAAUCUGUUUACUGAGGACCGCGAAUGAAGUGUUAUCGGCACCUUUCACUCUGUCUGAAACGCUUGAUUUUAAGAACAUUCCAAACUAAGUAUGUGUUUUUAAAUGCUUUGAAAAUGAGUCCAUUAUGAUGCGGAUAAAGAUUAAAAAGAUUAUUUCUAACAUUAUAUUUGGUUAUUUUUGUUCUCGCUCUCUCUCUCCUCUCACACCACACACAUACACUCGGCACCUUUUAUGUCACUAUAUUCAGAGGAUACGUUUUGAACCCCAAGUCUAUGUCCUACCGCCAUGUGUCCUUACUGCGUGGACACUUCCUGUGUGGGCUUUGUAUGUGGCAGUGUGGUGUCCUCCCCCAGUCCAAAAAU